AGCGGUGUGACUACAGCGGGCUGCUUCCCAUCCGCGUUCAGUCCCUUCCCAGCCCCGUCUAGGGUCGCGCCGUUCUGCCUUUCCCCAGCAAUGCUUUUGCUGGUUAUGUCAGUGACUUCCCACCAAAUCCCAUCUCUCCCAGUGGAGUCCCAGAAAAACUGAUUUAUUCGUGCCGUCCGAAACGAUAGCGUGAAGAAGCUCGGAGAAAUAAAAGAGACCCCCCCACCCCCGAAUCUGUGAUAUCGUGACCAUGUCCACUGUCGAGUCUUCCGCCAUAACCGGUGACGCCCUGCCUAUGACCACCCUUUGCAUGGAAUGGGCUGACGAAUUUGUGUCCAUGAUGUCAGAUUCGAAUGGAGCCGGUGGUGCUGAGAUAAAAAAGGAGGAGGUUCUGAAAUGGGACCAUGCAUCACCGGCCAACAGUAUGUAUUCCCCUUCCACCACGGCCAUCCCCGAGAUGGAAUACAAGUGCGAGCCGUCGCCUUCACCCCAGUCUCUGCUCUACGGAUCCCCCAUUUCCCCGGGCAGCCCCGACAGACAUUUCUGCUCAUCCACCACCCAGCCCCUCGGUGACAAUCCCUAUUCGAUUGACGGAUUGAAUAAAGAAGACGAGGCACCGAAACGCCUCUGUCUCGUGUGCGGAGACAUCGCCUCGGGUUUCCACUAUGGAGUCGCCUCCUGUGAGGCAUGCAAAGCCUUCUUCAAACGAACCAUUCAGGGAAACAUCGAGUACACGUGUCCGGCGUCCAAUGACUGUGAGAUAAACAAACGGCGACGAAAGGCGUGCCAGGCUUGCCGGUUCCAAAAGUGUCUUCGAAUGGGAAUGCUGAAGGAAGGCGUUCGAUUAGAUCGGGUUCGGGGUGGAAGGCAAAAAUAUCGACGCAAUAACGAAGUCCCCUUCCCCAUCACGGCGCUUCUUGCUCGCAGACCUUCUCUCGAAGGGAAUAAGAUGCUCGGGUGUCUGCAAUCGUGCGAACCGGAGCCCCUUCUGGCCCUCACUGACCCGUCCACGUUGGACUCGGACUACGGGCUUGUGUCCACGCUUUCCGAUCUGGUUGACAAAGAACUCGUCCUUACCAUCUCGUGGGCCAAACAAAUCCCCGGGUUCAGUGACUUGCCCUUGAAUGACCAGAUGCACCUUCUCCAAUGUGGCUGGGCAGAAGUGCUCGGCGUGGCCACUGCCUUUCGAUCUCUUCCUACCUCUGGUCAAGCCCUCGUCUUCGCCUCCGACUUUCACAUCACCGAGAAACAGGCCAGACUCUGCGGAGCUCAGGACCUCUAUUUCCAGUGCAUGAACGUGGUGAGCAGGUUCCAGGGCGUGGGAAUUUCCCGUGAAGAGUACCUGUUGUUGAAAGCCCUCGUUUUGGCCAAUGCAGAGGUGGGAUCGGUCGAGGACUCGCUACCUCUGACGCGUCUCAGGGAAAACAUCUCUGCCUCCCUCUCCGAUUGCAUCAUUGCCCUCAGGCCAGAGGAUGCGAUGCAUCACCUGGGGAAGUUGUUGAUGAGCCUGCCGGUGAUUCGUCAGGUCGACGAUGCCAUGCGGCGUUUCUGGGGCGCCGUCCGCAGAAGUGGUCGCAUCCCCAUGAACAAACUCUUUGUCGAAAUGCUCGAACCUGGGGUCCGGUAACAAUAGCAUUAACACCCCCCUCACGCUCGUCUUUUCCCCCCUUCCCCCCAUUCUUGAAUCCACUUCUCUCAUCAGAGCUCAGAGCUUUUGCACAAUCAUUGAGUGAAUUUGGCCAGUGAGCUUGAAACAAGGGCUACAUUCAAGUCCUGUGCAUGAUCUCCAUUGACACUCUGGAAUGCACCUUUUUAGCUCCCUGCCACAACAUGUGUUCAGCCUAGUUGGUUGUGUGAUACGACCCUUCUUCCAUCAUUCUGGACUGUUCACCCCUGCGCCUGCACUCCUCCUGGACUUUUGUGAAUUUAUUAUUAUUUUGCAUCGUCGAUCCAAUUCUUGUUGUUGGGGAAGGGGUUGUUGUUGGUCCGAGAGGUCCAUCGCAUACAACGAGUGGGUCUUUUAUUUUUUCUUUUGCCAUUUUGCAGCUGUACAGUGAAAUGCAUGCCACUUCACAAGAUCACGCUCUCUUCUGACAGAUGGCAGACAUGUACAAAGCCCUCUGAAGAGUACAAAAAGAACUUAUGAUUAGGGCCCUCGAUCUAAAGUGUUUUUCCUAUCACAUCUCUGAUUCCCCCCAUGGUCGCGGUCAUAUCUUUUUUUUAUUACUAUUAAUUAGAUAUUAUGUAAAUAUGUUUGCUUAUCCCACCUACGUACAGAUGAGAUUUUUGCAAACAUUGUGAUAGGGUCCUAGGUGUCACACAGUGGUGUAGGAGUCAAGAAAAGCUCCAUUUGCAAGGCCUACAAUGAUAAUUAACCUGUAGAUAUGAAUAUGUCUCUCUCAGUCGUCCAGUAGAUGUGAUAGUGAGACUGUUGCUGUUAAUUGUCUCUCCCUUGUUCUCUCAUGCCAGCACUGAUCCCAACAUGGUGCUCACAUGAAUUCCCAUUCCUGUUAGGAACAAAAAAAAAAACAAGCAAGUGUCAUGUGAUAUAUACACUAGUAGUAUGGUAGUGGUAAAAAAAAAAGAGAAAACCGGUCGUGGUCCCAGUGUGUUGUUCAUACCUGAAGCUUUCGGUGGGGUGCCAGGUAGAAGGAAUUCAUUUCUCUUUUCAGGAAUGUCUCUCCCACUGCCAUUUUCUUGUGAAUGAAACCUGUAAGUUCUUGCCAUUCUAUUAGUUGUUGCUGUUAAGUGGUUUCACACGAACCUCUAUUUGCAAUGUAUUGUGCCAUUCCCCCCAUGAUUUGAUUAUGGCGAUAUUAAUGCAGUAAGGAGAGGAUUUGCUGAAAGCAUGGAAAAAGGAUGUGCUCUUCUGGAUUGGCUGUGAUUGAUGAAGGGAGGCUUUUCCAGGUCUUCCUCUGACAAGCAAUGGAAUCAAAAUUGAAAAUGUGGUAGCCUGGAUCCUGUAGUUUCAUUAAGACUUCAAGAGAUUUUCAUGAGGGAAUUGAUUAUAUUUAUCUUGCCUUUGAUCAAUGUGAGAUCUCAACCCUUGAAACCAAGAUAGAGCAGUGGCUCGAAAGUAAGGAACGGUAAGACGAUGCAUAAUUAUGAAAGAAUUCGAUUAUGUGUUGAGUGUGAUGAUGGUAUAUGAUGGAUAUAGUUGGUAUGAAGUUCACAUAUUUUGUUGUGAAGACACGACAUGGUUACUGGCAAUCAAAAUGGAGGCGUGAUCCACUUUAAGGCCGGAUCGACCCGAGGGCUAAAUUUUUGUCAGGUCCUGAUUCUCGUGAGGGAAGAAAGAGCUGGAUAAAAAAGCAAAAAUGUGAGGAAUUUUUUGGUUGUCCCAUUCAUAUCUGUGCCAAGACCCAUAUGCCUGCCUG